AUGAACAGACUGGGCACAGUCAGGACUCCUAACUCGAUGAACAGCUCUCUCGCCGGUUCAUCAGGAGGUUUCCUCAUGAUCCGUCGGAUCAUCCUUUUCUGGAGUAUUACCUCCAUCACUACCCUGACCGUGCUGUCAUUCGAACGCUACAUGAUGGUGACUCGACCGCUCAGCUCGAGACAUCUCAGCUCAAAGGGAGCCAUCUUGUCGAUCAUGUUCAUCUGGUCUUACUCCCUGGCGUUGACCACACCGCCGCUGCUGGGCUGGGGGAACUACGUCAAUGAGGCUGCUAAUAUCAGCUGCUCCGUGAACUGGCACGAGCAGUCGAUGAACACGCUCACGUACAUCCUGUUCCUGUUCGCGAUGGGGCAGAUCGUGCCCUUCAUCGUCAUCACCUUCAGCUACAUCAACAUCAUCAGGACCAUUAAACAGAACUCGGUGCGCAUGGGCCGCGUGGGGCGCGCGGAGACCAAGGUCACGGCCAUGGUGUUCGUCAUGAUCGUGGCCUUCACCGUCGCGUGGACACCCUACUCCGUCUUCGCGCUCAUUGAACAGUUCGCGCACGAGGGCAUUAUAUCCCCGGGUGCGGGGGUGAUACCGGCUCUAGUGGCAAAAAGCUCCAUCUGCUACGAUCCACUCAUCUACAUCGGCAUGAAUACACAAUUUCGUCAGUCAAUCAAAAGGCUCUUCGGCAUUCACGGCAAAGGAGGCCACACGCAGACUGAAAAGGGAUACGAUAAUACGAUUCUCCUUCCGACAAAUCGUUUUUCUCGCAUCAAUGAUAACACAAGGUUCAACUCAUCUGAGAGUAACGUCUCAACAAUACACAAGAAACAAGUUAUAGUUAAAGACAAAAAGAUAACAGUUACAGACGAUCUCUGUGACUAUAAUAAUAGUGAAAUUAAUUAUCAAAUUAACAAAAUAGAUAACAUUAAUCUGUGCACCAUACAAGAAAACAAAACAGCUUCAGACAACGAAAAAUCUGGUGAAACCAUUUACGAAGAAGAUAACAGCAAUGGAAAACAGAAACUGGAAGUCUUCGGUGAGAAUUAUCAGUUAUUUGAUGAUACGUCUCCGGUACUCACUAUAAUAGAUUCCGAACAUUUAGCAUUUAGUAAAACGAGGCUUGUUUGUAAAGUGAGAGAUGCCAAUGCAGAAACGGUUGAGAAUGUAUACGGCAACAAAGCGUUUGUGGAACAUUCUAGUGAUAUUACAAGUAACGAAGCUUAUGAGACAUCUAGUGAUCAACAAUUGAAGAAGAAUAAGAGACUGCAGAGUAGUUAUUCCACAGAUAUAGCGGGGAUACAAAAAGAACCAAAGAAAAGAAAAUUAUCAUCCGAGGCUAUAAUUAAAGGGAGUGUCACUAGUAACUUUUUUGAGGAUCCGAGACACGGCCACGAAAGUUUCAAAACAUAUCUGUACAUGAUGAACAGAAAUCUAGAUGGAGAUGAUAAUUUCGUAGUUUAAAUUAAAGGGAUCAAUGUUGAGGAGAAUGUUGUUGAAAAUCAUUCUUCCUUUGAAAAUGAAUUGCGAACAGACGCGGAGUCGUCCCGUUCAUUGUAGGAGUAUUCAAGCGGUGCUGUCUUUCCUGUAAAAGUUAAGAAAAUUUAAAAUGCGAGCUCUCGUCAAGUAUCUGUGAUAUAGUUGGUACAAGUGCCAAAUAAAUCUAAAUGGUUUAUAAGGGCAAUGAAUAGAAACGAAUUUUUAAGCUGAAAUUAGGCUAAAUAAAUGUUAUGGAAAAUUAUUUUCUUCACAUGUGAAGAGAUGUUUUGUGUUCACUUAACUAUCUAUGAAAUUGUUGUCUGUUUUGGCAAAACUAUGAGUAGUGUUUAAGAGUGCUUUAUUAGAUUUGUAUUUAAGAGAGUUAGUUGCAAUAGUUUUGUAUUGAUUUAAAUUAUUUAUUGAAA